ACGACGGCGAGGCUCCAGUCGUCGAGCUCCCGAGUCCACUGCAGCCCACGUCGUCCGCCUCCUCUCCAUUCCUCCCCUCGUCGCGCCCGACUCCGCCUCCCGCUCCCCUCAUGCGCCCCUCCGCGGCCGCCUUCCUCGCCCCCGCCGUCACGGCCUCCAGCCGCCUGGUUCCGCUCCGGCCGGCGAGGCGCUUCGCUGUACGCUGCGUCGCCGCCCCUCCCGCCUCCAAGCCCGCCUACUCGCCCUCCAAGAGUGGGAAUUGGCAGUGGACAUUUGAGGAUAAACCAGUAAGCAUUUACUAUGAGGAACAUGAUCAGGGGACUGCUGAGAAUGUGAAGAACAUCCUUAUGAUCCCUACGAUUUCUGAUGUUAGCACAGUGGAGGAAUGGAGGGUGGUUGCCAAAGAUAUUGUGACACGUAAAGGAGAACUCAGCUACCGUGCUACUAUUGUUGAUUGGCCUGGUCUGGGUUAUUCAGACAGGCCAUCACUGAACUAUAAUGCUGAUGUGAUGGAGAAUUUUCUGGUUCAGCUAUUGAACUCACCAAAUAGUCCUGUGGCGGAUGCAGAUGGUGAACUGGUAGUUGUUGGAGGUGGUCAUGCAGCAACCAUAGCUAUCCGUGCAGCUGGGAAAGGCCUUAUCAGACCAUCUGCGGUUGCUGCUGUUGCACCUACUUGGGCUGGACCCCUUCCCAUUGUAUUUGGCCGAGGUUCUGAUAUGGAAACAAGGUACGGGCUUCUACGAGGAACCCUCAGGGCCCCAGCCAUCGGCUGGAUGAUGUACAAUGUUCUGGUGAGCAACGAAAAGUCCAUCCAGUCUCAGUACAAGUCCCAUGUGUAUGCCAACCCUGAGAAUGUGACACCGGAAAUCGUCGAAAGCCGCUACGAAUUGACCAAAAGAAAAGGCGCGCGAUAUGUUCCUGCUGCGUUUCUGACGGGCCUUCUCGACCCUGUCCAGUCAAGGGAAGAGUUCCUGCAGCUGUUUGCCAAGUUGGACGGAGAUGUCCCUGUUUUAGUUGUGUCGACGCUGAAUUCCCCCAAGAGGUCCAAGGCCGAGAUGGAGGCUCUCAAGGGCGCCAAAGGCGUGACCAAAUUCGUGGAGGUCCCGGGCGCGCUUCUGCCGCAGGAAGAAUACCCCUUGGCAGUUGCAGAGGAGCUCUACGACUUCCUGCAGGGAUCAUUCUCGUCAUGAUGAUGAACCGCAUGCUUGAGGAAACUACACUGGGGUGAUCCUGACCGAGUUCAACUCAUAUCGCCUUUUGCCGGUAAAUCCAUCGACAUGCCAUGUUGCACCUGAGCUUUUAGAAAGAGCAAAGCACCGCCAUCAGUUCCUGGGUGCCACACAUACCGGAGCCUGCUUCUGACGGAGCUGACGUCCAUACAUACAGCUUCAAUUUGUGUAAAAAAAAAAUGCAUACUGGCCUGAUCAAUAAUUGCAGUUCACAGUUAAGCCCA